CGCUCCCUCGGGAGCGUCCGGCGUCAGCAGCUUUCCGGAGCACCGACGACGAGCACUUCUCGCGGGAAGACUUGAAGAGCCCUUGCCGAGCACUUCGAAAUAUCUCGAUCGGAAGCCUUUGGCCGCGACAAUCCUCCCAUAAUUCCGCAGGAUGCGGCGUACGCGUCACGUAGUGCUGCCAGUGAGAUCCUGGCAGUACAUCGGGCUCUUGAUAGUAUCGCUGGCCUGUCUGACGUUAGGAUUGGUAGCUAGGGACAGGGAAGGACAUGCCGGUAGCCUUGCAGGACCUGAACUCACGCAUCAAGCUCCCCACGAAGUUGACGCCUGUCCGAACUUAAAACCUUUCGUUAAAAGCCCGAUUUCCGAGCCGGAAGAAGCUACAAAAUCGUUUAACGGAAUUGACCAUGAAAUAAAAGUAUCCGAAGUAUCCAGAGCAUCACCGUCGUCUCAAAAAUCCGUACUCUCUCAAGCGCGAAGUCUCGACUCCCGCUUGUCUAGAAGCGAUUCGCAGGAGACCAGAGAGCGACUCUCCGGAAACCGAGAUCUAAGGACAACCGAGAGACUUUCACGAUCAAGGACUCGCGAUGACGAAUUUAUUAAUCGUUUCCGAGAAUCUCGAAGUAGAACAGUCGCGCGGUUUCGCAGCGCCAGGAGCUCGCUCGAUCCCGCCACUCGACUCUCUCGGUCUGAUCAAUCCGAUCGUCGUUCCAUCGAGCAAAAUUUCGAACGCCGUCAGGUCGAUCCUGUGAAUUCCCGGUUGGAAAAUCGCCAAUCACGAUCCACGGAACGGCGCGAGCAGGUCAACGAAAUCGCGCGACGGCAGAAUCGCAUCGAUCAGUCGGCGUACCGGCGAGACUCUCUUCAGCGUCGUAUGAGUGAUCGGUCGCUCUUGACAGGACGACAAAACGACCGGCAAGAAUCACGCGAGGUUCUAGCCGGUCAUCGUGAGUAUCGAGAUUUGGCGCAAAAUCGCAUUCCGAAUCAUCGAUCCGAGAUCCGCGAACGUAGAUCCGUCGAGCGGCGCGUGUCGAUCGAACAUCGGGACGCGGAGCAAUCGGAACGUCGCGAAAAUCACAGGAACCUCGCAGAUCGUUCGACACAAUUUGCACGGGGAGACACCGAUCGCAACAACAACUUGGACCGCCGUAAUCGGGAACGGUCUCUCGAAAAUCACCGCGCUCUUCCCAAUCGUGUCGCUGCUAAUCAAGAACGUAGAUCACGAUUCUCGGUCGCUACCAGAGGUUCUCGUGGAGAGUCUCUUAACUCCGACGGUCGUCGGGCGUCAUCUCGAUCAAUGGAACGUUCAAAUGCCAAUGAUUUCAAUCGCGAGACUCUUGCCAGACGCGUCAGGUCGGUUGACUCCAACAGAUCCGAAAGAUCCGAGGAGCGUGAACGAUCAUCCAUGGAACGUAGGUCGUUGGUCCGAUCCAUGGAACGUCGCGCGGUAGAUCGCCGGAAAACCGAACAUCGCUUUGGCGAUCGAAAUUCCUUCGAGCGAGUGUCGCGAGGCUCGUUCGAGGAUUUAGGUCGAGAAAGGACCGAUCGCUCGCAGAGGGCCGCAAGCCGACGCGACUCGCGCGGAAACGCGGCAACCAGGGAGAAUCAUAGACUGACACGAUCACGCUACCACGUCGAAGAAAUCGCAAGUCGGGAGCAAAGGGAACGAUUCGCAGGAGCCUCCCAUUCGGUCGAUCGUAAUUCAGUGGAUCGUCGAGAAAUCGCGCGGACCAGAGACUCUGGAUAUGAAUCGCGCGAGGAACGAAGAGUCGUUCAUCAGAGAUCGCGCGAGGCUGAGCGACGAGCGCCCGAGCGAAGAAUCUCGGAAAGGCGAGCUUCGGAGCGACGAAUCGCUCUAGAUUCGCAAAGGUCGUCGGAACGAAGAAUCGAUGACGGCGCGAAAUCGCGCGAAGAAUUCAGGCUAGCGGAUCGACGUUCGGAACGAAGCCCGGAAUUACGAGUUUCCCGCGAAAGAAUCCUGGAAAAGCAAACUCCCCUCGAUUCGCGAAGAACAUCGGAACGAAGAGUCGACGAUAAUUUGCAAUCACGUGGAUCCAGACUAACAGAUCGACGUUUGGAAAGAAACUCAGCGUUGCGAGUUUCCCGUGAAAGAAUUAUAGAAAAACGAUCUGCCCUCGAUUCGCAAAGAUCUUUAGACCAAAGGGUCGACGACAGUUUACAGUCACAUAGAUUUAGGCUAACAGAUCGACGUUCGGAAAGAAGGGAUUUACGGAACCCGGAAUUGCGAGUUUCCCGCGAAAAAAACGUGGAAAAGAGAUCUACCCUCGAUUCGCAAAGAUUGUCGCGCGAAGAAUCCAAGUUGGCAGCUCGACGUUCGGAACGAAACCAGGAAUUGCGAGUUUCUCGCGAAAGAAUCUUAGAAAGGCGAUCUCUCCUCGAUUUGCAAAGAUUGUCGGAACGAAGGAUUCAAGACGGUUCGAGAUCGCGCGAAGGAUCCAGAAUGCAGGAUCGGCGCGUGGAACGAAGUUCUGAGUUGCGAAACUCCAUCUCGAUUCUCCCGUUGGAGCGCAGAGCAAAUUCUAGGACAUCUCUCGAGAACCAAGCCCUACGUUCAUCAGAAACGCAACGCGAGGUGAGACGAGAUUUCAAGGAGCGCCAAAUGGCUCGAUCGGUCGAGAAUCGACCCGCUGAAUUUCGUAAAAGAGAGUCCAUUAGACACUCGCGUCAGAGAUCAGCAAGAAACGUCGAGGACUCAUCGAAACUAUCUUCUUUUCGCCGAGUCGCCCACGUACCUGAACAAAAUCGCGAACAACGAAGGUUGUCGAUUGAGCGAACGCUCUUUAGAACCAUAGACAAUGAACGAUUAUCCGCGAAAUGGGAACGAAAUUUGCAGGACGCGCGCGUUGAAAGAAAUGCGGAAACCAGAGCAACAAUCAUCCCUCAUUCAAUGAAGAACUCUGAAUUUUUCAAAUAUUCUAUGACCUACGAUCUUGUGAGACAAGCUUUUGUCAUGGCAUUAUGUACCGUUUAUGGGCUUUCCUUCUAUAACGGAAAAAAGUCCUUCCUCGGCAGCAACAUAAUGCAGCACGCGCAGCGCUUCAUAAUUUGGUAAAAUGGAAAGAUAAAUCGGCUACCAAAACACGGUACUGAAAAUUGCUGUUCUCUGGACCUCUCUGCUUUUGUCGAUCUUAUUAUUUUAUAAAUUAAGAUAUUACGUUGCAAUAUAUGUGUACUGUUUUCGAAUAUAUGCUUAGAAUGUAGAUUAAUGUACAGCUCAGAUAUGUAGAAAUCCUGUAGAAAUGUGUAUAUCUAAAGAUAUUUUGUGCGAAAAAAUAAAUAGUUGCAGUAGUAAUUAAA